CAAUAGUGGGCGUGUCUGAGCACAACAAACACUAGAAGACACAGAAUUGCUGUUAGAGCAAUGGCUAGUCCAGUUAAUUACGAAUUUGUAGACAAAGUACCGGAGGAUCAUCAGUGCACUCUUUGCACUAACAUUCUAACGGACCCAGUACUGACUGGUUGCUGUGGGCAACCGUUUUGUAACGGCUGUUUAAAAAAUUGGCUAAAGAAACAGAGGACGUGCCCACAUUGUCAAAAUGCCAAUUCCCGUUUUAUAAAAGAUCUACAAAUGAAACAAGCCAUCGAUAGCUUGAAGAUCUACUGUCCUAAUCGCUCCAAGGGGUGUGACAAAAUCACUACACUGAGUGAAUGCAAUCAACAUCUCGAGAAAUGUUUGUUUGUGGAGGUAUCAUGCACUAAGAAAUGUGGUGAAAGAAUGCUUAGAAAAGAGCUUCAAGAUCACGAGGACAAUUGCCUAAACCGUCUGGUAAAAUGUAAAUAUUGCAACACAGAGGGGAUGCACAAAGAAAUAACAGCAAAUAGUCACAUAGACAAAUGUCAAUUAUUUCCGAUUUUUUGCCCCAACAGUUGUGGGCAUGAGAAAAUACAGCGCAAGAAAUUAGCAGAUCACCAGAAGGUGUGCCCUCUUGAGCCAGUGAAGUGUCCUUUCUUUGAAGCUGGGUGUACGGAAUUGAUCCCAAGAAAAGAUUUGGCAGCACAUAAAGCAUCAAACACAGAGCACCACUUGGAGCUAAUGAUGAUUCACACUGUGCAAAAGGCAACAAAAUUAGAGCAACUCUCACGCAAGUUUAAUGGCCUAACAUAUUGUGUAACUAAGCAACUAGGCAUCAUUGAUUCUAACCCUCAAAAUACACAAGCAGCUGUCAAAAACAUCAAAAGCUCUCUAGAGACAAUGACCACAAUGCUAGCACCAGGUGACACACGAUACUACCUACCACUAGUUAAAGAGUCAGAGUAUAAAGCUCGAUCAGCUUCGUUCUACAUCAAGCCUGGCUAUAAAAUGUAUGUGAGCAUUGAUGGACAAGAUAAUUGCACUGUAUACUUGGAGAAAGGUGAAUACGAUCACCAACUAAAGUGGCCUAUGCCUGAAAUGGAAAUUGAACUCCGUACUAAGGAGAACAAAAUCCUGUAUAGAGCAACAAUCUGCACCGAAUGUGGCCGAGCAGUGAACCGACUAGAGGGGGACAGAACAAAGCAAGAUAUCACUAACCCAGCCCGAGAGACACUAGAAACGUUUGGCACACCUAUCAACCCACAGCGCGCGACACUUGACGAGUAUGCUGCACUUGAGGUCGUAAGAGACUUUGUAUUCCUCAUGGUGACGGAGCACCUUUGUAAGCGAUACAAACCACUAUGAGUGACAAGAGAUGUUCAAAACUAUUAUACAUGAUGCAUAUAUAUGCAUGUAUACAUGAUGCAUGCAUGUAUAUAUUACUAUAACAAUUGAUACUAUGCAUGUAUCACCUCAUAAUUGGACAUGUCAAAAUAAUAAUUGUGUUUCUACAAUAACUAUAUAGCCCUUAAACUUAAAAGCCACACCCCGGUCACACCUAUUUGUAUGGUGUCCAGUUCAUUCUCUAGAAUCACUGUAAAGUAUAUACUACACCUUAUAUUGCACAAAUCAAGUUGAAUUCUUCCCUUACUUUACUUUA